CAGCGUCUCACGUUGGGUGCAGUGGGUGCACUUUGAGUUUUGCAGUCUUGAGUUGUGCCGGGCUAGCCACGUAUCAUAUUUUGAGCCGCCAUCUCCGCACUAAUAAGUCACAAAAUUCCGUAGUCGUUUGGGCCCAAGCCCUUCACUACGAGCGCACAGCCUGUUGUCUGCCAACACCCGAUCCCUAAUUAUCCGCAGCGCUCGAUCAUAUGAGGCGGCUUCAGUGGGCCUGGAUUGCAAUCCUCGUCCCCGCGCACGUCUCGGCCGCGCGGCGCGUGCCGAUCGAUGGCGACGGGCGUAGCCGGGCGUCGCCAAUCUUCGACGGCAAGAUUGACGUUGCGCCGUUCUUCCAGAUGAGAGUGCUAGACAAGGGUAAUGCUCGUCUGAUCCAGGAUAGCCGCGACAAGUAUUUCGCCGGUGGUCGCGCGCACAAGUGUUGCUGUGAUGGAAAUAGUUGCAAGGUGUUCGAUUUAGCAGCGGUGAACUCAUGUGACGGCAGCACAUUCGGCGAGUUCCGGGACAGGGAUGGAUGCGGGUGUCUGGCUGGAUUUGGCUGGAAAAGUUUCCGAAAGAUUUCAUCAGGAGUUCACGCCAGCAUCAGCAUGUGCCGUGUCGGCGUCGCCGAUGCCAUGCAAACGUUCAACAAGAGCAGCGAACAGGAGUUGCAGCAGGCGCUCCAGGAGGCCGCGCAGAGGCGCAUCAUGACAGGCCAAACCGGAGAAUGGGUGGCGACAUACAGCGAGUGCCCCGCGACUUGUGGCGUCGCAAAGAUGCAAAAGGUGAGCAUGCAGCCCUCGGACAAAGUGCGGCAGGCUCCCGGUGCACCGCCAGCUUUUCCGGAUGAGAUCGAGUGCAGGGACAUCCGCUCUUGCAAAUACCAGUGCAGCAUGGGCGAUGAGUGUGGUUGGGGAUCCGUGUCCUGCGUGGAUGGCUCGGGAGCCCAAGGUACACUCUGCGCCGUGAGGGAGGUGUUGGACCCCACCUUCCCGUCGCCUGUGGACUACCGUCUCCACAACUGUUUCAAGCAGUGUGCACAGCCGCACGGGCUUCAAAGUCUGUGUGCAGUUUCGUCGAACCAUCUCGACGAGCAGUACGGGAGCCUAGCCACGCUCAUGAAAAACACGUGUUUCGAUGGCGAUGCGGAAAAGCCAGACGUUGUCGCGGUGAUGACUCAGGAAUUGAACCAUGCUUCUUCCAAUCCAAUGGCUUCAAACAAUUUCCCGUCCUUGGUGUCUGGAAACUCUUUGAAUGGCUACGUACGCGUCGGCAUAUGUGCACCACCGAUGUCUGCCAACACUGCCUUGUACGUCAAGGAUGGUAUGACCAGCCGAGUAUUCAACGAAAAGGUGUCUUGUGAGAUGAUGAAAAGUGAGUGCGGGUGGACGAACUGCAAGGGUAAUUCCAUCAUGACCGUUUACACCUCAAGUGGCACCCUGGUGGUCGGCAACUGGCAUGGCGCGCGCGGCCCUACAGUGAGUGAAGACCGCAUCAAAGAGUUCGAAGAGGCAGUUGGUUUCAUGUCGAGCGUGCUGCCCUUCCAGGGCAAGAAGCACGUCGUCUGGGGGGGCGAUACCAAUGUGCGCUCGGCGUUCCCAGACGGGUACCAGCCCUCGAAGGAGGUGCAGACGCCAGAGGAGAUUCAUGCGCUGAUUCUCUCCGACGUGCUGGGAAGGCCAGGUUGGUCUGUCGACGACCACUUGAGUGGCAGGGUAGGGUUCGACGCCACCGUCCGGGAUUACCUGCAGAAAUCGCCGCUGAGGCAGGCGCAGGAUUGGAACAAGCUCUGCCCCACUUAUAUGAAGAGCGACAAGCCUGCCCGGCUGGAGACGGUCAAGGAGUGGACCGGUGAGUACGACACGAACGUGUUCGGCUACAGGAGCAAAAGAAUGAAGAAGGUCACCCGUGAGCGCCCGAACAUCGCUUGCCGAACACCGGCGGACCAGCUGGCGGGCGGGGGCCCGCGAGUGGAAUACCUGAACUUUGCGCGCCCGGGCGGGGCGAGCAGCAGGGCUCCGUCGUGGACGGAGCGCAUCUUCCUGUCGGAGUCCCUCCACGGCAGCUGCGGCAAGCUGAUGAAGGACAUCCGCAACAGGCAGGACGACCACGACCCCGUCUUCGUGCGCUGCUCCCUCGCGGCCUGACGCGGUGUCUCUGUGCCCUGCUCCCCCUCGCCGCUGCCUGGUUGAGAUCUCACCAUCGCCGCACUGGGCACAGAGGACCGAAACGUCACCUGUCUACUGGGGGCGAGUUGUCAGUGCGUGGGUGGGGGGGCAUGGCUGCGCGGGCGCGUCGGCACUUGGAUGCGUGCGCUUGCAGGUGCGUGCGUGCAGCUAGCACUGCGCUGCCACUCAGCCGGCUGCUCUCUCUCUCUCUCUCUCUCUUUCUCUCUCUUUCUCUCUCUCUCUCUCUCUCCCUCCCUCCCUCCAUCCCUUUGUUAAGGGCUUCACGACUUCUGCCGUUCCUCGACUCGCGCUGGAGCGGCCACGAUUUGCUCAAAAUGUCCUUGGAGAUCUUUGGAUUUACCUGGAUUUGCCCAGAUUUACGCGCAUUCACCUGGAGCUACCUCGAUCUAUCAGCAUUUGCCUUCAUUUUUCUGGCCUGAUCCCCACAUAAUUCGAUGUGCGGAAAGUCGCCAAGCCCUUGGAGAUCCCUCAAUCCCUCUCUCCCUCUCUCUGAUUUUUCCUUCUCUCGGGGGAACCAACAGGUACUGAUACCGCUACUCCCC